AUGGAUAUUGACGUUGAUCUCAUCAAAAAAUCGCUGCCGAAACAAGAUGUAUUUUUGAGAGUUUUAAGCUUGAUUUGUGGAAUUGGAAUGUUUAUUUUGAGCAUUUUUGAUUUUGCUGACUAUAAAGUGGAUGAGCCAAUUGAUGUUUUCUUGCCUCUUUAUUAUGCGUAAUAAUCAAUUUAGGAUAUUUGGAGUUUUAAUGAUUGUAUCUGAAUUCAGACCUGGCGUUUUGAUCAGGUACUUUAGAUUUUUAUGUGAGACCUUUGGAAAAGGAAUGUUUUACAUAUUGUAAUAAUACUACAGAGCUCUGGAACCAUGUGCAUCAAAGGGAGUUUUGUGUAAAACAUAUAUAGGCUUCAAUAUAUUAUGGCUGCAUAUUGUAUCGCAAUAGGAGUCUUUAUUUUAUGCUGCAAAGCGGUUGAUGGAGAGCCUCAAGCUUCAGAUCCUCCUGAAGGCCAAUAA